CACAUUUCUUACGAACAAAAGCAGCUCCCUUUUCCAUUUCCCGAAAGCGAAAAAGUAACCAACAACAGCGAAAACAGAACACAUCAUAUCCACCCACCCCAACAAUCAAUUCGUCUUCUUCUUCCCUCCUUGAUUCAGCUUCGUUCUUCCUUCAAUCGAGAUCUUUCCCAAUUCAAGGCUUGGUUUUUUGAUCUUCCUCUUCCCUUUUCAAUUUCAAAAACCCUAACCCUAGGUUCCCAUUUCCUCAAGAAUUCUUCUUUCAAGAAAAGAAUCGGAAUCCCUUUAAUAUUUCUGCGUUUCGUGAUCUGGGUCGAUGGCAGAUUCGGGGAAGAACGUGGAAAAGAGCGCCGAGUUCUCUGGGAAGACUAAUACUUCUUCAUUCUUUAAUCGAUCGAUGACGAUGCAGGGAACCCCAGCUGAUUCCAACCCCAAGGUGCAUUUCCUUCUCAAUUCGUCUUUCAAUCGGACAACAUCCAUAUCCAAGUUUUACAAUUCGAUCGAGUCCGUGGUCUCCGCCGGUAAUUCAUUGAAGGGUAAGGUCAAAAAGCUCUGCACUUUAUUCGAGUCUGGGAAAUCCUCCAAAGCCCCGGUUGUUAAUGAACCACAAUCGCAAUUUCAGACACAACUGUCCACAAGAGUGCUGAGACCGUCAAGAUCAAUUGGGUAUACAGGGUUUCCGAGUUUCAAUAACUCCUUGAUUCGAUUACCUGGUACUGAGGAUAGAAUUGUUGUAUAUUUCACUAGUUUACGUGGGAUUCGAAGGACUUACGAGGAUUGUUAUGCUGUUAGAAUGAUCUUUAGAGGCUUUGGGGUUUGGAUUGACGAGAGAGAUAUCUCCAUGGAUUCUGCCUAUAAGAAGGAGUUGCAAAGCGUGUUGAGGGAGAAGAAUGUCAGCUUGCCGCAGGUGUUUAUUAGGGGGAGGUAUGUGGGUGGGGCUGAUGUGAUAAAGAGCAUGUUUGAGGUUGGUGAACUAGCCAAGAUUCUGGAGGGGUUCCCGAGGCGCACACCAGGGUUUGUAUGUCAGGGAUGUGGUGAUGUAAGGUUCAUCCCAUGCGGGAAUUGCAGUGGGAGCAGAAAGGUGUUUGACGAGGACGAAGGACUACUAAAGAGAUGUUUGGAGUGCAAUGAGAAUGGAUUGAUUCGAUGCCCUGAUUGCUGCUCUUGAAGAUUGCUGAAUGGUCAGUUGCGCAUUUGGUGCAUAUAUUUAGAAUUUCUUUCGGUUUGUUGACAUGUAUUGAGGAUGUGGAUAUGUUUAAUUUGCUUGGAUUCAAAAGUCUCUUUUGGAUUCCUGGGGCCUCUUAUGACAUGUUCCAUCACUUGAGAGUUGAUGAUAUCUGUUUUCUCGCUGAAUUGGUGUUGAAAUAAUAGUUUAUGCAUUAUGCAAUCAAAAUACCAUAUUUGGUUUGGUUAUUUUGAUGGUCAAGAGAUUGUCUCUCUUAUUAGUGGAAUGUAAAUAUGUAGCAUUGCAUUAAUAUAAUGAAUUUGCAAGUGUUGCAAAGGAAAGAUUAUUAUCAGGAUGUAUUCAUAUAUGCUGUAAUUUCUUUCACUGCCGUGUGGUGAAAGACACUUCAAUAUAUAAUUGGAGUCUCUUUCUCCGAGGUUGGAUUAAUAUUAAUGUUGAAGAUGUCAGUUUGUCUUGAAGUUAGUGGUUCUUAGUUGCUCAUUUGUCAUAAUUCAGGAAUUAUUGUUAGCAUUAUGGCAAAGAAAAUGAGUUUGAGUUGUGAAUUUCAUUUGAAUAUUGAGUUUGUAUAUUUUGUUUGGAGGAUAUGUUUUUCAUGGGAAUGAACAGGGUCAUUUAAA